AUGUAUUUACCACACAUCAGUAAACUGAUGUGUGGUCAAAUUAGGCACUUUUCCGUGUCUAAUCGGUUUGGAAGUAGUCUAUAUGGAGUCACAGAUUUGCACAGCAAUUCUAAACUUGUUGAACUGCCAAAAAAUGACACACUCUCUCCAUCGCAAAUUGAAAAUAUGAAAAUGCCAUCCAAAUUAAAUCUUGUUAAAUGGGAUGGUAGAGUGUCGGUUUUGGGAUUGAAGUAUUUUUUUAGAAAAACCACCACACCAAUUGGCUAUUACCAAAUUAAAACAAGUGGCAAUAACCCACAAAAUAUUGUCAUAUUAUCCAGCACAGACCAGAAACUACUAGAGACAAAGACCCUUAGUAAUUCAUUACAUGAACAGACUCGUGGGUUUGGCGGGCAGGUUAUUCUAAAUGGCAGAGGAGUUAAGGCUUAUUUUGAUCCAAUUUUUCCAAAUCUAAUGAUCAGAUUGGGUGUAGGUGCAAAACCCAUAGAUGCUACCCGCAUUUGUACUAUGUAUCAAAAUUUGGUAAAAGUUGAUAUUGAUCGGACGGGCAUGAUUCUCACGGUACAUGGAUUUGACAAGCAAAAGGUGGGAAAUGUCAUUUACCGUAUUUACAAGAUUACUAAGGUUAACCCUUAUACUAUGAAAGGCGGUCAUAUCGCAUUUUACAACGUAAAACAGAAAAUUCCAAAGAAGAAGUAG